AUGCCUAAUGGAUCAUCUCCACCUAUCGGUAGUGAAGAAGAAAAGAUUUAUUUGUUGAUUGCUGAUUUGUUGGAUCCUGAUAAGAGGGAGACUGCUUUAUUAGAGUUGAGUAAGAAAAGGGAAAUGUAUGAAGAUUUGGCUUUGGUUUUAUGGGGAGGAUUUGGCGUCAUGUCAUCGUUAUUGAUGGAGAUCGUCAAUGUUUAUCCAGCCAUGUCACCCCCUACACUCAGUGCUCACGCAAGUAACAGAGUUUGCAACGCUCUUGCUCUUCUACAAUGCGUCGCUAGUCACAGCGACACGAGAAGUUUGUUUUUGAAUGCCCAUAUCCCGUUGUUCCUCUACCCUUUCCUAAACACGACGAGCAAGACGAGGCCGUUUGAGUACCUUCGGUUGACGUCGCUUGGUGUGAUAGGUGCACUUGUCAAACAAAACGACAACUCAGACGUCAUCAACUUCCUCCUUUCCACCGAGAUCAUUCCCCUGUGUCUGCGCAUCAUGGAAACCGGUUCCGAGUUGUCCAAAACAGUCGCCAUCUUCAUUGUUCAGAAGAUCCUCCUUGACGAUCUCGGUCUUCAAUACAUCUGUCAGACGUACGAACGAUUCUAUGCCGUCGGAACCGUCCUCGCCAAUAUGGUCACUGCUCUGGUGGAGAGUCAAGCUGUGAGGUUGUUAAAGCAUGUGGUGAGGUGUUAUUUGAGGAUGAGUGAUAAUCCGAGGGCCCGUGAAGCGCUCAAGGCUUGCCUACCGGAAGCAUUGCGAGAUGGUACCUUUGAUGGUUUACUCAAGGGAGAUAACGUCACCCGACGUUGUUUAAACAGUCUUCUUGUUAAUCUUGACGAUAGUAGAAGACCCCAUGAAGGUUGAUGUUUAUGACAUAUAUAUAUAUAUACUGUAGUGAUUUUGAAGGUAGUUUGAGAUAAAGUUGCAUAGUACAGUAUCAUGUU